AUGUCCGACCUCCGGGGAGUUUUUCACUUCUCCAAAGCAUUUCACUUUGUGGAGGUUCUGUUGUGUGCCCUCAUAACAUUUGAGGCACCUCUAAUUAAUGGAGCACAGAAUCAGUUGGAAUUUGAAGCAUGCCGGUCCUACAAAGGCAGUUCUGAUGUAAAUUUUCCGGAUAUUUUUGAUGAUCAUAUUAACUCAAAGUUUGUAGCGGAACAUUUGGUGCAGCGACAUAGUAUGGACAAUGUAUGUCCUCAUUCGAAUUCAUUCUGUUUCCCAUCAACAUUGGUUGGGUUUUUAUGUGAAAAAAAUGGUGCUGAAUUUGAAGUAUUAGAUGUUUCUAGGGUUCAAGCUGAUAUUAGAUUGUCUGAUGGACUAAACCAAGAGAAAAAUAGCCUAAGUCGGUCAUCGGACAGUGGCAUGUUCAGAUUAUUGGGCGGCAGGACUAUUUCAUGUUCUUUGUACUACCAAGAGAGUUAUCAUGAAUUACCAUGUCAUAACUCAAUGAAUGAUCAACAAAAUGACGCUACUUCUUGUAUAAGGCCUUUACUUGCCCACAAAACCGGAAAUCUGAAAUUGACCGAGAAUAUUGAAACAGUCAAAUCUGGCUCUUUGGACAGAUUUUCAACACCACAUGUGGAAAUUAAACCUUCUCUACUGGACUGGGGACACAAGUGCUUGCAUUUUCCUUCCAUAGCUUUUUUAACAGUGAAGAACAUUGGCAGUGACAACAUUUUGAAUGUCUAUGAGCCUUAUAGUACCAACUCACAGUUUUAUUCGUGCAAUGUUAGUGAUUUUUUGCUGGCUCCUGGUGAAGUUGCAUCAGUUUGUUUUGUGUUUUUGCCAACAAAGUUAGGUUCAUCCUCAACACAAGUAGUUUUGCAGACGAGCUUUGGUGGUUUCUUGAUUCCAGCUAAAGGGUUUGGUGUUGAGUCCCCUUAUGGUGUAAACCCUUUAAUUGGUCUUGGUGUUUCCUCCAGCGGAAGGUGGAGAAAGAAUCUGUCUUUGUUUAAUCCUUUUGAUGAAGCCCUCUACGUGGAGGAAGUAACUGCUUGGCUAUCAAUUUCUUCGGGAAAUACUUCCCACUCGUCAAAAGCAGUUUGUAGCACUCAUGGUAUUGCAGAAUCUAGUGAGUUCCGUGUGCUGAGUGCUAAAGAAUGGUUGGAUGCUGAAAGCAGUGAAGUUGGUCUACCACAGAUUGCCAUGAGGCCACAUAAAAAUUGGGAGAUUGGCCCUCAAAAAACAGAGACUAUUAUGGAAUUAGAUCUGUCAUUCCAUUUUGAAGGAAAAGUUUUCGGUGCAAUCUGUAUGCAGUUGCUGAGAUCUUCAAAAAAUAAGAUCGAUACACUAAUGGUUCCUCUUGAAGCACAACUGAGUGUAAAUACCACUUAUGAUGAACCUAUUCGUCCUGUUUCAGUAUCCCUGGAACCAUUAUUGCCAUGUGAUACAAGAGGAGCUGUUAUUGCACUUUCAGUGAGAAAUGACUCUCCUUAUUUACUGAGUUUUAUCAAAGUCGUGGAACUCGGGGAAAACACUGCACAUUUUCAUAUUAAAUACAUGGAAGGUCUUGUACUUUUUCCUAAUACUGUCACACAAGUUGCUGUUAUCGUUAACAGUCCAUUGGAAACUUCUAAUGUAAAUACGAGCUGCAAAUUGGUCAUACUAAUAAAUGAUACUAGUUCUCAGAUUGAAAUUCCCUGUGAAGAUGUGAUCGGUGUUUGUCCACAACAUGAAUUGUAUUCUUCUAUUGGAUAUAGACAGCAGUCCAAAGAUGUAGAACAUACCAAUUCCCAAAUACCUUUAAGUAGCAGCAUGCAGCCACCAUCAGAGAUGAAGGCAGUGGAUGCAAGAGAAGCAGACGAACUGGUACUUAGAAACUGGAAAUCUCAUGCGACUUCACCUUUAAUGUCUGUUCUUGAUGAAAAUGAAGUACUGUUCCCUAUAGUUCAGGUUGGAAGUCAUUGGUCUCAGUGGAUAACUGUCAAAAACCCAAGCCAAGAAUCAAUUGUGAUGCAGCUUGUUCUGAAUUCUGGAGAAAUUAUAGAUGAGUGCAGGACAUCUGACACUCUUCUGCAACUGUCUUCAUCCAGCAGUUUGGUGGGUAAUGAAUCCAUUGCUCGUACAAGAUAUGGUUUCUCAUUAGCAAAGAGUGCAGUUACAGAAGCUUUUGUUCAUCCUUAUGGUAAAGCGUCCUUUGGCCCAAUUCUCUUUCGUCCCUCCAAUCGAUGUGAAUGGAAAAGUUCAGUUCUGAUAAGGAAUAAUCUCUCUGGUGUGGAGUGGUUAUCUUUGCGUGGAUUUGGGGGGAUAGUUUCCUUGGUCUUGUUUGAGGAGGCUAUUCCUGUGCAAGGUUUAGAAUUUAAGUUGAACUUGCCAACUCCACUUAGUUUUUUGUCUCCAGACAUGUCAAACUACAUGGAAGACAAAAGUCUUGCCUGUUCCCAGCCUAUGAUAAAAGUGCUGUACGCAAACAACAAGGGAGACCUUCCUUUAGAGGUAAAGCGAAUUGAUGUUUCUGGAGCUGAAUGUGGUUUGGAUGGGUUUCAAGUAAAUUCUUGCAAGGGUUUUUCUCUUCAGCCUGGGGAAUCUAUAAAGCUUCAGAUAUCAUAUCAAACUGAUUUCUCUACAUCUACAGUACAGAGGGACCUUCAACUGGUUCUGGCUUCUGGUAUUUUUGUGAUUCCUAUGAAAGCCAGUAUACCCAUGUUUGUUCUCAACUUCUGCAAAAGAUCUACAUUCUGGAUGCGCAUUAAGAGAUCUAUGGUUGCAAUCAUUCUUGCUGUUUUCAUAUUGUUACUGCUGCUCUGUUUCUUGUUUCCACAUGUGAUGGCCUUUGGCUUUCACAAAUACUUGUUUAAGAGCGGGAAAAUCUCCAUCUCCACUGUGAGCUAUGCAGAGAAAUGUUCUCAUGAGCAUCAUAAUCUGAAAAACCAUUGUGAAUAUCCCAUAUCCCCAAAAAUGAGUGGUCCGAUAAUUUCAAAUGAGAAAGAGGACGCUUUGCUAGAAUCUGAUGAUCAAGAUGGUGCCCCGAAAAAUAUAAAUCCAUCGAUGGGAUAUCAAAAGCAAACCAACACUCUGUUGAAUGCUCAACGGGAAACUAUAUCAUCUCCCUCUUUAAAGUCAAAAUCUGUAUCAGUUGAGAGUUCUGAUAUCCAAAAUGCAUCACAAGCUGGAACCCUGUCUGUUAAAAUUGGAAAGGGGAAGGGGAGAAGGCGACGGAAGAAAAAGAGUUUCAAUUCAGGAAUAAGUGGACUUUUUGAAGUUUCAAGCAGUCAGAGUGGAAAUUCUACACCAACGUCACCCUUUUCACCUGUCACAUCUGUGGAUGCUAAACCUACGUUCAGUCAGGUAGCUGAUCAGCAAUGUGAUAAAAGCACAUUUACAGAACCUUUCUCUAAGGUAAAGGCGUUGGAGCCUGAGCUUUCUUUGAAUCUUGGCAACAGUAAAUGGUUCUUUCCUGCUCAAGAGAAGCCAAGUUUAGCUAGAAAAGUGGCUGGCAGAGCUGUUCUGUUGCCGUCUGCAACAUUUCCUGUUGCUGGAAGGGCUGCUCCACAUUUUACAUGUCAAUCUCCUAUUUUGGCUUCGACAUCUACAAUUGCACCACAUGCGCGGGCUCCUGGUUCCAAGCUUUGUGAUCAACAACCGGAUAAAAUUGAGCAAAAAAUGGGGAUCAAGGAAAAUUAUACUUAUGAUAUAUGGGGGGAGCAUCUUUUUGGAUUUCCUUUGACUGAUAGGUCCAAGGAGGACUCUAGUAUGUCAUUGUCACCUCAUGCCAUCAACUCCGAGAGCUUAUUUCUGAGUUGCCCCCAAACCCUCGUAGCAAACUCUCAACUACAUCCUGUAAGUGCUAAUCCAGAGGGUUAA